AAGCCGUGAGCAAAGAUGGGCAGGUGCACGUGUAUUUUGUAAAGGAGCACUUGAGAACAUUUGUCCGUCCCUCCUCAUGGGAAGAAGCGCGACUGAAAACUCAGAAAGAGGUCCAGCAAAGUCAAGGAAGGUCUGUGAUAAAGACUCAGGUUCUCCCGCAGCCCUGUUUUCACUCACUUUCUCCAGCAAAACAUGAUGCCAGUGUGAGAAACCCGAGUGACGAGGAACCGCGUGUUCCCUCUGCCGCAGAUCUUACGCUGACCAUCUCACAUCUGGAUCGUCUCCCCGAGUGCCUGUCUGCCAAGCUGCAGCUGGAAAAAUCUGAGAGCAGGAGGUUUGAUGAGCAGCUGGAGCAGUUCUUAGUGAGCAGCGCUGAGCCCUUAUGGGACCCGCAGUCUCUUCCUCUUUACCUUCCCGAGGCUCUGAUAUCCAUGCCUCAGAUUAUCCCCCCGGUGGCGAAAAGACCCGUGCCAAGAAGCCCAGAG